AUGUCAGCUGUCAGAUUCGAGGACUUCGAGCACGUCAAGUACGUCGGAGAAGGAGCUUUUGGAUUGGUAAUUAUUUUAUUUUUUUGAGUUUGAAAACGAAAUAAAAAAUAACAAAUUAAUCAAAAAAAAUUUUUAUAUUUUUUUUGUUGUUUUUUUUUAUUUUUUAUUUUUUUUUUUUUUUUGAGAAAAAUUAAUUAAAAUUUAUAAAAAAUGAAUUAAUUUUUUACUAUGUUUAAAAAAAUUAAAUAAAAAAGAUCAAAAAAAAAAAAUAAAUAAAAAUUUUAAUAUUUUUUUAAAUUAAAAUUUCAGGUGUCCGUUGCGACCAAAUUGAAUGGAAAUGAUGCCAAUCAAACAUACGCCCUCAAAAUGCUACAAAAGAAGAAAUUGGCCAGCAACCACAACAACUUGAAGAAUUUGUAUGGGGAAAUCAAAGCGCUGAAGCAAGUAAACGGCCAAUAUGCGCCAAAAUUGGCGUAUACCUUUCAAAAUGAGCAUGUGGUAUGCCUGGUGAUGGAUUAUGUUGAAGGAUGUGAUUUAUACACAUAUAUGCAGAAAGUUGGAAAAUUGACGAUGAAGCUGACGAAGUUUUUUAGUGGUAAGUCAAUUUUUCACUUUUUAAAUAAAAAUUUUAAUAAAAAAAAUUUAAAUUAUUUUUUUUGAAAGUUUAAUUUUUCAAAUUUUUUAAAAUGUAUUUAUUUUUAAAAUUUAAAAUUUUUUAUCGAAAAAUUUUUUCACCUUAAAAAAAUUUUGAAAAAUUAUUCCAAAAUUUUUUUGAUAUUUUUAAUUAUUUUUUUAUUUUUUGAUUAUUUUUUGAGACAAAAAAAAAUUAUUUUGGAUCUAAAUUAUUGAGUAAAUUUUUUUUUAUUUCAUAUUAUAAUUUUUUUCGAUCUGUAAAAAAUUUAAAAAAAAUUAUUUAAAUUUUUUUUGGAUUUUUAAUUAUUUUUUAAAAUUUUUUGUUUAUUUUUUUGCUGCGAAGAAAAUUAUUUUGGGAUCUAAGUUGUAGAUUUAUUUUUUAUUAAAAAAAAAUAAUUGAAAAAAAUCAAAAAAUAAUUAAAAAAAUUAAAAAUUAAAACUUUAAAAAAUCGAAAAAAUAUUAAUAAUUUUAUUUUCAGCCCAAUUAAUCCUCGCCUUGGACUACCUGAACGAGGAGUACAUUUGCCUCCGAGAUUUGAAGCCAGAAAAUAUUAUGGUAGCCCCCGAUGGAUACCUCAAGCUGAUCGAUUUUGGCUUCGCCAAAAGGGAUGUCAAAAAUUACCUCCAGAAAAUGCACAGCUUCGUUGGAACCACCCUUUAUAUGGCUCCAGAAUGCUUCAACAGAGAAGUUGGAUACUCAAGGCUGGUGGAUUGGUGGGCCCUCGGGGCAAUUAUCUACGAAAUGUACUUUGGAAUGGUCCCAUUCGACGAUGAGGACAACGAUGAGUUGAUCCGAAAGGUAAGAAAAUUUUUCUUUAUUUUUUUUUUUUAUUAUUUUUUUUAAUUAAAUUUGAAAAAUCAAUUUUUUUAAAUUUGGAAAAUUUACAAAAAAUAAAAAAUUUUAAUAAAUUUAGAAUAAUUUUUUGUAUGUUUUUAUAAAAUUUUUAAAAUUAGAAAUUUAAUUAUAUAAAUUUAUAAAAUAAAUUUUUUUGCUCAAAAAAAUUAAAAAAUUUUUAAAAAGUAAAAAAAAUAUUUUGAAUUAAAAAUUGAUUUUUUUGUGAUUAAAAAAAUUUUUGCAAAAAAAUUAAAAAUAUUUUAAAAUAAAAAUUUAGAUUUUUUUAACUUUCAUUAAAAUUUUUUAAUUUUUAAAUUAAAAAAUUUUAAUUAAAAAAAUUUUUUUAUCAAGAUAAAAAAAGGAAAAAUUUUUUUUUUUUUGAAUUUUUAAAAAUUUUAAAGAAAAAUUUUUUCUCUUUUUUGAAUUUUUUAAAAAUUUUAAUUAAAAUUUUUUUUUAUCAAAAAUAAAUUUUAAAUUAAAAAAUUUUUUUAUCAAAAUAAAAAAUGAAAAAAACGUUUUUUUGAAUUUUUUCAUUUUUUUUCAAAAAAAUCAAAUUUUUUUAUUUUUCAGAUUUGUGAGGAGGAGCCCUACUACCCUCCAAAAGUCAACCAGAACAUCGAAGCAAUAAUGGUCUGCCUCCUCAUGAAAGACGUCCACAAUCGCCUCGGCUCAACCGGAUUGCAAGAAUUCAAGGAGUAUGAAUUCUAUGCAAAAUUUGAUUUUGAUGCCCUGAGGGAGAAAAAAUUGAAGGCUCCGUUUUCAAAGCCUUUUCCCAAAUUUGGAGGGCUGAAAGAAGAAGAGAUUGUUGGGUGGAAUUUUGAGGGCAAGAAAGGGAUCAAGGACUUCAAAAACUUUGAUUACACAGCGCCAGAAUUGAUCAAGGAGAAGAAGAAAGGGCGAAAAAGGGUGAUUGAAGAGGAGGAGAAGGAGAAUCUCCCGGCAAAAAGGGUGAGAAAACCCAAGAAUCUUAGUUUAGAGGGUUUUUAA